GGAAGAGGAGGAGGAGGAGGAGGAUGGACGGCGGGAAGAGCGCGCUUCUGCCGUCCGCGCGGCAGAGCAUCAUCUCGUGCAGCGAGGUGAACUGCACUGCGCGAGGCACCCUGGCGCUGUCAGCAGCAUCCGCGUGGAGCACCAACGGGUCGGCGGUGGAUCCGCACCGGCUCGAGGAGCUCCAGCUUCCCGCCUCGGCUGCCCCGACGGUGGCGAUGGCACCCCAGGCCCCUAAUCCCUUCCCCACAGUGGAUGUGCCUGACCACGCCCACUACACCAUCGGCUCCGUCAUCCUCGUCAUCGGAAUAACCGGCAUGAUUGGCAACUUCCUGGUUAUAUACGCUUUCUGCAAGAGUCGUAGCCUGCGGACGCCGGCCAACAUGUUCAUCAUUAACCUGGCCAUCACAGACCUGCUGAUGUGUGUCACCCAGACACCCAUCUUCUUCACCACCAGCAUGCACAAGAGGUGGAUCUUUGGAGAGAAAGGCUGCGAGUUGUAUGCAUUCUGCGGCGCUCUCUUUGGUAUCUGCUCCAUGAUCACGCUGAUGGUGAUUGCCAUCGACCGUUACUUUGUCAUCACGCGACCUCUGACCUCAAUCGGAAAAUUGUCGAGGAAACGGGCCUUCCUCAUCCUCACGGCAGCCUGGACCUACUCUCUGGGCUGGAGCCUGCCACCGUUCUUCGGCUGGAGUGCCUAUGUCCCGGAGGGCCUGCUGACGUCCUGCACAUGGGACUACAUGACCUUCACCCCGUCGGUCCGAGCCUACACCAUGCUGCUCUGCAUCUUUGUCUUCUUCCUGCCGCUCUUCAUCAUCAUCUACUGCUACGUCUUCAUCUUUCGGGCCAUCCGCAACACCAACCAGGCUGUGGGGAAGAUGAGUGGCAGCAUUCACAGUCACGGCAGCAGUCGUGACUCGGUGAAGAACUUCCACCGACUGCAAAACGAGUGGAAGAUGGCCAAGAUCGCUCUGAUCGUUAUCCUGCUCUACGUCGUCUCCUGGUCGCCAUACUCAAGCGUCGCUCUCACUGCCUUUGCUGGGUACUCAGACAUGUUGACUCCCUACAUGAACUCUGUGCCCGCCGUCAUUGCCAAGGCCUCAGCCAUCCACAACCCCAUCAUCUAUGCCAUCACACACCCCAAAUACAGGUUAGCGUUAGCCAAGUACAUCCCAUGUCUCGGCGUCCUGCUCUGUGUUCAUCCUCGUGACCUCCGCUCUGCCAGCAGCAGCUUCAUGUCGACACGUCGCUCCACUGUGACCAGCCAGACCUCCGACAUCAGCAGCCAGUUCAGACGGCAGAGCAACGGCAAGUCCCGCCUCUCCUCCGCCUCCGACAGCGAAUCGGGUAUGACAGACACUGAGGCGGAUCUGUCCAGUAUGAACUCCAGACCCGCCAGCCGCCAGGUCUCCUGUGACAUCAGCAGAGACACGGCUGAGCUCCCCGACUUCAAACCCUCCUCCAGCUUCAAGUCCAAGAUAAAGAGCCACGACUCGGGCAUCUUUGAAAAGACAUCAAAUGACACUGAUUUCUCCUUGGUAGGAGCCAGUGAACGCGGCAGCAUCCCUAAUGGCGGGGACUUUGGAGAGCCACAUGUAAGGAGAGGCACGAUUGGUCGAAUCCCGAGCAUCGUCGUCACUACUGAGUCCAGCCCCUUCCUGCCCAGUGGGCGGAAAGGCUCCAAGACGACCCACAACAACACAAAGGCAGGGUCGGGGUAAAGCCCGGCCUCCUCCCGGCUGAUCACAUGCAGCCAAGUGACCAUCUCACUUUGAGUCAUAUACAGUAUUUAAGAAUAGUUUAAAAAACACCAAAAAAUUUAGUUUACAUAAAGCUCAGAAACAAACAAAGCCAUGAAAGAAAUUAAUUUAAACCUUUAAAUAAGCAAACAUGGACACAACCUAUAGCGUCAGUGGUGAAACAUGUUGCUGUCCUGUAACGUUUAAUUCAAAAGACAAUUUUACAUUUACUGUGGAUACUAUAGAGUACAUUUAUAUAUUAUACCACUUCAAAACAAUGUACUCCGUGUUAAGUUGUUCUUUUAUAUUCAGCGAAUUAUCGGUGGAAUAAAAAGAUCAUCUGUAAAUAAUGCUUUUAUUUCUCUUUGGGAGGCCUAUUACUGUUUAUUCAUUUUUGUAUCAAAGCCUCACACACCUACACACAGGUGUUAGUUGUUCAUUUGGCUGAUUAGACCUCCGUGUAUGGACAGUAUAGCCAGUUUGUGCAGUUCAGAGUCUACUCGUAUGAAGGGCCCUAUUGUCCAGAGAAGUGAAAAAUUAAGUGAACAAAACAAAUUAAGUGAAAACCCUUUGUGGCUGUAUAACCAUCAUGUAGGACUACUUCAGUGGACUCACAACACGGUAUUAUAUAAUGAAGGCCUGUAUAGUACUGAAGCCAAAC